GACUCGUUGGGGGCGCGUUGGGCCGCCGUGCGGCGCGGCCGGUUGCGCUGAGAGCCGCGCGGCUUCGACUUCAGCCAUCAGUGGAGUCCGGAGGCCGCCGCGGUCCGCACGACAGUGACCAGAGUGGCGAGUCCAGUGAGCGAGCCGGGCGGCGGCGGGCGUGCCCGAGAGCGUCUGUGAUAAACUCUGUGAGUGGGCCGCGGAGGCCGCAGCAUCGGCAUCGGAGCGUGCACGUGCAGUGGUAGCGGCUGGUGCUGUGUCGGGUGGUGACUGGUGCCGACCCGGGAGAUCAGUGAUUGGUGACGACCAUGGGUGCCCAGGCGUCUCACGAGCCCCUGGAGCAGAGUGUGGCACGGGACCAGACGUACCCGACCCACCACGUUAUCCAGCCGGAGGUACCGCCUGGAUCCUUCACACGACGGCUCUCCAUCAGAAAAUCGCGCAAAAAACGCAAGGCAGAGCGCCUUGACGCGCCCGGCGGCUCUGGCGGCGGAGGCGGCGGCUCGGGAUCAGGUGCAGCUGAGUCCGAAGAACAGCGACAGCACCGCAGAAUGGACCGGCUGCGGCGAUCGCUGCGCGACAGUUUCCGGCGCAAGAAGGAGCCGCGGAGCUCCGAGUCGUCGCGGCCACACCAGUGGCAGGCAGACGAGGCGGCAGUGCGCGCCGGCACCUGCUCCUUCCACGUCAAGUACCUGGGCUGCGUGCAGGUGUACGAGUCACGUGGCAUGCAGGUCUGCGAGGAUGCCCUCAAGCUGGUCCGGUCGCAGCGGCGGCGUCCUCUCCGCGGCAUUCUGUAUGUCUCCGGAGACGGCCUGCGUGUGGUCGAUGAUGAGACCAAGGACCUGAUCGUGGACCAGACGAUCGAGAAGGUGUCGUUCUGCGCGCCGGACAGGAACCACGAGCGUGGCUUCAGCUACAUCUGCCGUGACGGCACCACCAGGCGCUGGAUGUGCCACACGUUCCUGGCCAUCAGAGAAUCGGUGAGAGCGAUACUUCAUCAGCCUUCCUGCUUCUUCGUCCUGCUGUCGGGUUCCUCUGGUUUCUCUCUGUCUCCGAAUUCUGACCAGUAGGGCUGGCAAAGUGUA